AAGCCUGUCCAGUGCAGUAACCAUGGUGACAGUGGUGACGUUAUAGACAUACUUUGAGCGGGAAAAAGUCACGGUAAGCUCGUCAUUGAUAUUACUUCUGGGUAUUGAAAUAUAUUUUUUAACAAUAUCCUUACCUGCUCAGGGUUCAAAUAGGCUUCUUAGACUACUUAGAAAAAAUAUUUAAAUAACGCUAAGUUUAGACGAAAGUUUUAUUAUUAUUAAAGUUCGCUGUUCGUCAACAUUUAUGUUCGCUCGCCCUGUUAGCUUGUUUCUUCGUUAGCAUUAGCACACCUAGCGAGCUAACCUUCGACUUAAAGGCAGAAGAAACGAUGGCAGCAGGAAAAAUGUGCCUCGGGAGGAACAAGGAGGAAACUGCAGAGUGGACAGGACUGUUUGUCAACGAUCUGAAAACCAAGCAGGAGUCUCUGGUCUUCGUCAAGAGGAUGAUGGCUGUGGCUGUCUCCACCAUCACCUAUCUCAGAGGGAUUUUCCCGGAGGAUGCCUACAGAUCCAGAUACCUGGAAGAUUUGUGCAUCAAAGUUUUGCGUGAAAACUGCAACACCACAGGUGCCAGCAAAGUUGUGAAAUGGCUGAUGGGCUGCUUUGAAGCAUUAGAGAAGCAGUAUCUCCAGAUUGUGUACAUCGGGGUCUACACUGAUCCAGAUAAACCCAAUUGUAUUACUGAGUCCUACCAGUUCAAAUUCAGAUACACUGAAAAGGGGCCAGAGAUUGACAUACUCAGGAACAGGAGUAUGGAGAUGCAGGUGACUUUGGAGGACACCAAGAGAGCCUCAGUGCUUCUCAUCAGGAAGCUCUUCCUGCUCAUGCAGAACCUGGACGCCCUCCCCAGCAAUGUCUACAUGACCAUGAAGCUCUACUACUACGACGACAUCACCCCUGCAGACUACCAACCACCAGGCUUCAAGGAGGGGGAAUGCGACAACCUGUGGUUUGAAGGCAUCCCUGUGCACUUCAGGGUGGGUGAGGUGCAGACGGCCUUCCACAAUUUGAGAGUGCGGGUGUCGGCCGAUCAAGGCCGGGUGGAGAAACUCCAGAAUGGAAACCACUUGAGGGAAGCCAAGCAGGUUCCUGAAAGAAUUUCUCCUGAGAAGGAAGUGACGAGGGUGGAAGAUGAUCUCCCAUCUGAAGACGAGUCUGCACAGUUUAAGAAACCGACAAGAGCUACGAAAAAGAGAAAACCAGCUUCCAGAAAUCUGUCGAGGAAGAAAAGAAGAACUUAG